UUUUUUUUUGUUUUUUUUUUUUUAUGAGUAGUUUUAAAAAUAUAUUGUUAAUAUUCAGUUAAAUAUGAACGGAAGUGCAAAUGAUUUACAAAUCAAGAGGAACAACAAUAACAAGAAGAAGAACGCAAGGCAUUUCCAUCGCAGCAGCUACCACAACAAUAACAACAACAAACACAACGUUCGCGUUCAGUCAAACGAAACAGAUGAACUAAUGGAAUUAGUGAAGACAAAAAGAAAACAAACCAUAAAAAAAAUAAACACACGAAAAUCAAAAACCAUUACUAAAAACAACGUCAACAACUUUUCCCAAUCACAUACCUCAAAAAGAAGAAGACGAGGAGUAACCGCAAAAUAGAUACGCUGCAACGUUGCGGUAGCGGCAGCAGCCAGCGAAGCGCUGUCAACAAAUUGCGAUGCCUGGACUUGUGGUCUUCAGACGUCGCUGGUCUGUGGGCUCUGAUGAUCUGGUGGUGCCAGGUGCAUUUCUGUUGGCAAUGCACUUUAUAUGUUUUGUGCUUGUGGCCGUCUCGUUGGUGUUGUUUCACUACGACACAAGUGUUUUAAGUGUAAAACUAUUGUUCUAUCAACUAAUAGGGUACUUGUUAAUAUUAUUUUUUUCAAUAUGCGUAGAAAUAGGAAUUUGUGUGAUCUCGAUGCGCGGCAGCAUUUUGGAUUCCGAGGCGCGUACAUCGAUGAAUAUGUGGAUAUAUCUCAAGAGUUUGGUGAUGCUAUUUGAUAUUUCGUGGCUGGUCCUGGGCUCAAUAUGGUUGUCCAAUUAUUGUAUUGAAGCGCCAAUCGACGAGGCCAAGAAGAUAUUUAUUGCCAUCGUCAUAUGCAACUGGACGCUGGUGCUCAUCACGCUGAUAACCAUCUGGUGCACAUUCGAUGCAGCGGGUCGUUCCUGGGUCAAGAUGAAGAAAUACCAGCGCUCCAUGCGUGAGACUGAAUCGCGAUUCAACUACAAGCGCAGCAACAGCAUGAAUCGCAACUGGCGGCAACGCAAGGUGAUGCGCGCAUAUCAGGACAGUUGGGAUCAUCGCUGUCGCCUGCUGUUCUGCUGCAUGGGCUCAUCGGAGCGUAAUCGAAACUCGUUUACGGAUAUUGCGCGACUCUUGAGCGAUUUUUUUCGCGAACUAGAUGUGGUGCCAUCGGAUGUGGUUGCCGGCCUGGUGCUAUUGCGCAAGUUCCAGAGACUUGAGCGCGAAGCGAUUGUCAGACAGCGCAAGAAUGGCACCUACGAGUUCCUCAGCGGUGUGCCCAUCACGGAGCGCACACAGUUCCUAGCACUCAACGAUGCCAAAAAUUAUGACUUCUUUCAGACCGUCAUACACUAUAUGUACUUUGCCCAGGGUGCCUACGGCUGGCCGAUGUACGUCCUGAUCAAUCGCAGCAAAAUGUGGCAUCUACUGCCCGAACUUAAAUGCUUUGGCUGCUGUUGCGGCAGUGGUGACAACGGUGAGGUUAUUCAGGACAAUUGCUGCUACUGCAAUUAUGCGGCAUUGAAAAAGACACUGCAACUGGGCGACAUUGAUAUUGUGUAUGCCACAUACCAUGUGGAUGUGGGCGAGACGCCCUUCUUUGUCGCCGUUGACUACACGCAAAGGAAGAUUGUGAUCAGCAUUCGGGGCACGCUGAGCAUGAAGGAUAUACUCACCGAUCUGAAUGCGGAGGGCGAGGUGCUGCCGCUGCAGCCGCCGCGUGACGAUUGGCUGGGUCACAAGGGCAUGGUGCAGGCGGCGAUUUACAUACGCAAUAAACUGCUGGAGGAGAACCUCAUUGAGCGUGCAUUGCAGCGGAACGCGGAACGUUUAACCCACACCUUUGAUCUGGUGCUGGUGGGUCACUCACUCGGCGCUGGCACUGCGGCCAUAUUGGCCAUAUUGCUGAAGCCGGAUCAUCCGACACUGCAAUGCUUUAGCUAUUCGCCGCCAGGCGGACUGCUUAGCAUGCCAGCCGUUGAGUACUCCAAAUCGUUUAUAACAUCCGUGGUGCUCGGCAAGGAUGUGGUGCCGCGCAUCGGCCUCAAUCAAAUGGAGGCACUGCGAGCAGAUCUCAUCAAUGCCAUACAGCGCAGUGUGGAUCCCAAGUGGAAGACCAUUUCGUGUUCGGUACUCUGCUGUGGCUGUGGUCCUGAGCCCACCUCUGUCGUCCACAUGUCCGGCCAGGAUACGCACAUCAAUCAAUACCAGGAGGAGCGAGGCACGGCACGCUCGACGAGCGCCCAUCCGACAGACAGCUCAAUAGCUUUAACACUGCACCAGCCCUUAUAUCCGCCCGGCCGCAUCAUACACAUUGUGCGGCAUCAUCCCAAGCCUGAUGAGCAAAAAUACGACAGUGGUUGGAGAAAUGUGCUUAAGAGUCGAGAGCCCGUCUAUCAGGCAAUAUGGGCCGAUUCAACCGAUUUCGAUGAGGUGCUCAUUUCACCUGUCAUGCUGCAGGAUCAUAUGCCCGAUAAGGUUCUCGCCGCGCUCAAGAAGGUUGUAACCACAAGUGGCCCGAGGAAGCCCCAACGCCAGAUCUCGAAUGCAUUCUCCACCACAUCCGUCGAACAUGAGCCGGAGCUGGUGCCAACGAAUGGCAACGUUGAGGCGACAGAGCAUUGCCAGCGGCCAGCUGAUAGUUCCUAUACAAAUCUGAGCAACAGCGUCAUGUUGACGCCAAUGGCACAGCACAAACUCUGCCUGGAGACAUCGUUCACCAAUCUGCAGCAUCAGCUGGAGCAGCGUGCACCAGUGCAGCCGACUGGCGGCAGCAAGGCCUCAUCCAUAGCGGGAAGCAUCUUUGGGCGCAGCCAGCUGAGCUCCAUAGCCACACCGUACGACAUAUCAAGCGGAUUGGAUGACAGCAUCACAACGGUGACCAUGCGCAAGAGUCCAUCCUCCAUGAUCAGCGAGACGGCGACGGUGGUGGUGAAUGCCGUCGAAGAUGCCAGAGAUACCGGUGAUGCUGGCGAUGUGCCUCGCCUGCGAGCGGUGGCCUUUGACAUGGCCAUAACGCCACCGCCAGCGCCACAACCACAAUCAUCACUACCACCGUCACUUUUCCAGCCAUUGGCGCGUCAGCACUCGGAAAGAAAACCACGUUCGCUGCCACUGACGCAGGCGCUGCGUCGCGCAUCGGUGGCUGGUCAGGGUGUCGAUUUGCUGCACGACGACUGGUAUGGUCUGGCCCCGUUGGCCAGCCCCGAAACACUCUCGGAGAUCUCGAGUGUGUCGUCGCGCAGCAGCGUGCCCAUCAGUCUGGCCAACAGCAUUGAACGCUAUCUGCAGCAUAUGGGCGUUGUCGGUUCGUCGGGUGCGCCCAAGGUGCCGCUGGAAGACAUCUUUGAGUCGCAGCUGCAUACACCAAAGGUGAUGCGACGUGCGCCCAAGUUCACUGAGAAUCUCUCUGGCUGCGCCGAGGACAAUCGCAAUCUGGACCAGUACAAGCGUUUGGGUCGCGUUUUCGUCACAUUUCCGCGCAUCAUUCCCGAACUAGGAGCGUCGAGAGCAGGCACUCACUUGCAACAGCACUAUUUGGACUCCAAUUCCAGCGAUGAUAGCUUUGAGUCCGCGCACAGCCUGCAACGAUUGCAGCUGCCAGCGACUGUGGCAUGCGCCGCCAGCUCCAAGUCAGCCGAUCAACUGGACGAGGAGGAGACACGCCAGACCGUCAAGAAGCUAACGUUUAGCGACAGCAACAUCCUCUCGGAGGAGCAUUGCCUGCGCCUUUGUCCGCACUGUCCAUGCCGGCGAACGGGGCUCGAUUGCUGUACCCGUCCAUCGGAGCACGAUCAUCAGCAGUGUGCGUUGGAAACGGAGGCGGCGUCGACUGCUGCAACUGUGGGCUCAACGGAUACAAAUAGCAGCUUCUAUAGCGCCAACUCGAGCUCAUCCUUGGAGCACUAUGCGACGCCCAGUCGCCAGCUGCAAUUAAAGUUGAACGGCGGUAAUCGGCCCGUCGACGAGAUACUCAUACGUCCCGGCGUGCUCGAGUCACAUUUUCCUGUUUAUGGCGGCGGAGGCGAUUGUGCUUCUGGCCAGCCGGAGACUCCGGCAAUUGUGGCGCCCGCAUCCCCAUCCCCAUUGAGCAACGGUAGUGGUGGCAAGCGGCCAGAUGUGGUUGGUGGGCGUGUGCGCAAACGCCUUUCCUCCGAGGAGUUUGUGUUCACGCGCACCGAUGAUCUUCCCAUUUUAGUACAAAUCGGUGAUAGGAAUCGGGCUGGCGGAGGAGGACUCGGACAUGGCUCGCCGGCCAUACGCAAGCAGCGCCGGGGCGGCUGUGUGUAUCCCGUUGGCAAUAGCAUACGCAUUGCCGGUGCCGAUGUGGAUGCAGCUGCCGCUGUUGCUGCAAAUGUUGCUAGUGCUGCUGCAGCGGCUGCGACCGAUUCCCCCUCGUCCAUUAGUAAAUUUUCCCGCACUCGCAUCGCUGCGGCUGCGGCUGCGACAGCAAAAGCAGCAACAGCAGCAGCUGGAAUAAAUAACGAAAGUAAUGUUUAAACAAUUAGUAUAUACAUACAUAUAUAAAUAUAAGCGUAGUUGAAUGCAGUACCUAAGCAACCACAACCAAAAACUUAUUCUAUUUUACCUGCGUUAUACACAAAAAAUACACAAACAACAACAAGAAUAGAGAACAAAACCUUAUGAAAAACUAACAUUUGGCUGGCAUACCAAACAAAAAUGUGGCAUGUAAAACAGCGUUUAACAUUGAAUAAAUGCAAUAUACAUAUACACAUAAAUAUAUUUUUUGUGCAGCUAGCUGAUCAAGUGAGGAGCAGCCC